UGCUUCCGGUUUUGACCAAUAUGGCGGCUCACUCAGAUAAUUUAAAGUAUUUUGUGAGAGAAAUUGAGAAAAAUGACGGUCGUACGUUAAAGUUGAAGCAAUGCUACAUGGGAGACGUCGGUUGUGUGGUCUGGGACGCAGCUAUUGUUCUCGCUAAAUAUUUAGAGACGAAACAGUUUUACGAGCCGUCUUCAGGAGUGAACUUGUGGCCUGGCAGCAGCGUGCUGGAGUUAGGAGCUGGAACUGGAGUGGUUGGUCUGAUGGCAGCGACACUCGGAGCACAAGUUACAGUAACAGAUCUGGAAGAUUUGCAGACUCUUCUGAGGUUAAAUAUCCAAGAAAACCAGGCACUCAUCAGUAAUGGGUCCAUAACUGCCAAGGUACUGAAAUGGGGUGAUGAUGUAUCUGAGUUCCUGCCUCCCCCACAAUACAUACUUAUGGCAGAUUGCAUCUAUUAUGAGCAGUCAACUAUUCCUCUGGUGGAGAGUUUAAAGCUGCUUUCUGGACCAGAGACCUGCGUUAUUUGCUGCUAUGAACAACGCACUGAAGGCAUCAAUCCAGUGGUGGAAAAACAGUUUUUUGAGUUGCUGCAACAAAACUUUAGCUGUGAGAAGAUUCCUUCUGACAAACAAGACCCAGAGUUCAGCAGUCCGGACAUCCACAUUCUGCACAUUCGAAAAAAGGUUCAAAUCUGUUGACUGGUUUUUCUACGAAUGUAUCCCCAAUUCCACUUGAAUAUCAUGUUAUGUAGUAGAAACUGAACGUCUACACA